UCAUCUGGUUUUUGUGUAUAAUUCACUGAAAAAGAUUCGAUCUGAGACCUUCAAUAAUUUUAGUAGAUAACGAAUUUUCCUUUUUACUCUGUUUUUUUUUCUCACUCUCUGUGACGCUCUGUGGAACUAUUUGAUAGAGAUUUCUGUUUGAUGUGUAUGUGUGAAACAUCUUUGAUCAGUCAAAUUUUAGAUAUUUUCUUAAUUUAACCACAUGGGUUUCUUCUGAAUUUUAUAAAUUCCUGAGCUUUUUUGCUUUUUUCUAUACAGAUUUUUUAGCAAAUUUAGAAACUUGGGUUUUCAGAAAUUCUUCAAAAUUUUGGGUAAUUCUUUAAUGAAUGAACAAUUUAAGGUUAUCAAGAGGAGGUGGAGGAACACACAACAACACCGUGUGUACAUGGGAUUUGGGGUUUCAUCACCAUCGUCAUCAGUACACAGAAGGGACACAAAAACACACACAAGUAAUGGAAGAACAAGGAUCAUUACAACAAAUUGGUGGUUUAAUUGAAUCAUCAUUUAAUUCAUGUUAUACAUCAUGGGUUUAUGAAGCACUUGAUGAAUUAGAACACAAUUUUACAAUAACUGAUCCAACUAUUUCAGGUCACCCUAUAGUAUUUGCUAGUAAUGGGUUUCUUAAAAUGACUGGAUACUUAAAAGAUGAAGUAAUAGGAAGAAAUGGUAGAAUAUUUCGAGGACCAAGAACUAAUAGAAGAUCAAUAAUGGAGAUUAGAGAAGCUAUUAGAGAAGAAAAGAAUAUUUCAAUGAGUUUAUUGAAUUAUAAAAAAGAUGGGACUCCUUUUUGGAUGUUGUUUCAGUUAAGUCCUAUUUUUAGUAAACAUGAUGGUAGAGUUAUUCAUUUUGUGUCUGUUCAAAUUCCUAUAUCAAGGAGAAAAGCAAAUAGCGAGGAUGGGAAUAGAUGGCAAGAACUUGUGCUUGGUUCUUGUAGAAGAGAAGUUUGUAGUGAUACUGUUAUGGAGUUGGCGAGAUGUCGUGCAUUGGAUUCUUUCAUUGAUACCGAUAAUAGAGUAUUGGAGAGGGAAGAAUUAUGUGAAGCAAGUGACUCAGAGAAAGGAAAAGCUCUGACAGCCAUUGGCAGCAUCAUGUCUGUGCUGACUCACUAUAGCGAGCUAACAGGCAGACUAGUCUGUGGGAACAGAAGCAACUCUGCUGUGAUUUGUUCGCUCACUUCAGCGUUAAAUAUAUCUCUUGGUAGAAUCAAACAGAGCUUUGUAUUAACGGAUCCUCAGUUACUGAAUAUGCCCAUUGUUUAUGCAAGCGAUGCUUUCCUGAGUAUGACAGGUUAUAAUAGACACGAAGUGCUGGGUCGGAACUGCAGGUUUUUGAAUGGUCCAGAUACUGAUCCAAAGGCUAUUGGCCAGAUAAAGGAUAGCAUUCAAAGUAGUCAGGCCUGUUCAGUACGUAUCUUAAAUUACAGGAAGGAUAGAAGCUCAUUUUGGAACUUUCUUCACAUAUCGCCUGUGCGGAAUGCUUCUGCCAAGGUAAUGUUUCUUCAUUCUACCGCAAAACUUUAUAAUUUGGAAUGUUCCCAAGUUGAUGAUUUGGCAAGGGAUAUAUAAAUGAAGAAGCAAAUACACAACAGAAUUAGUAGUGCUGCUAAUGGUUUUCUUUAUUAUUAUUAUUAUUUUUUUUUACGUACGUGAAUAUCAUGGUGAAAAGAUGAGCCACACAAUGAUGAAUGUUGGGAUGCUUCCUCUUGUUUUGAUGUCAUGGUUGAACCUUGUUACCAUUUCAGUGAGAGUUAUCCGAUUCUUGGUGUCUUUGUUGUACCCUUCCAUAAGUUACAACUGUAAUUUAUCCAUUAUAAAUAAGAGCAAGUAGACAUGUUGCCCAGCUCCCACUUGGCAUUCUAUCUUUCUAGCCAUCUUAAAAAUAUGUGGUUUUAGGCUGUUGAAGGACCAUAACAGCGUGUUGGAUGUCGUGGAGCUCUAAUUUUCUUUUGUGAGUACAGCUAAACUUACGUCGUUUGCGAUCCCUGAAUUAGCUCUCAUUGGAAAUCAUAUAGCACCGUGGACCACCAAAGUGGUGUUUAACUAGUUUCAGCCAGUAAUGAAAAAGGUGCUAGAAUGUGAUUUGAACCGUACUAGGGUUUCAUAAUGCAGCUUCUUCCUUAAAUACAGAACUCACAGUUUUUGGGAUAGUGAAUGUUGGAUCAGAGUUCUCUUUAUGGCAUCUACAUGACUCAUAAACCAUUACGUGCAUGUGUAAUGUAUUGAAUAAUACUAACUUAAUGCUUUCAUCUCACUUUUUCU